AUGCUUAAGGGAGACAUCAUAAAGAGAGGAGAAUCAUUACCCUUUGCAAUUUGUUCUCAGUUGGGUUGGAUCAUUUCCGGGAACACUAUUACUGAUGAUUCGAAUCUAACUAACACUUUUACAGUGAAUAAUCUUCAGUUGAAUACAAACGAAUUAGUUGAAAGAUUUUGGUCUUUAGACUCCAUUCCGGAAGUCAAACGUAUUUCAAGUGAAGAUAAAAAAUGUGAAGAGUUCUUUAAAACAACACACUUCCGUGAUCAAAAUGGUCGUUAUGUAGUGAAACUUCCAUUUAAAGAUAACCCUUCAAGGUUGGGUAAUUCUAAAGAUCUUGCUUUACAAAGAUUUAAAUCUUUAGAGAGAAAUCUCUUAAGAUCUCCUGAUACAUAUGAUAUGUAUAAACAUUUCAUGAAGGAAUACUUGGAUCUCGGGCACAUGGAACCAGUCCGUAGUUCAGAGUCCCCAAGUCAGGCAUACUACAUGCCACAUCAUGCAGUAAUUAAGGAAUCUAGCUCUACGAGUAAAAUACGUGUGGUAUUUAAUGCUACUAGUGCUCAAAACACUGAAGAGUGCAAAAAUCUAGUAAAUCAACUCUUGCAAAUGUUAGAACGUGGAGGAUUACUUCUGCGUAAAUGGUCAUCCAAUGACUUGUCAGUGUUAGAGAAUAUACCCCAGGAGUUGAGAAAUGAUUCUGAGGCUAUGAAAAUUCAAGACGAUAGCUCAAUCAAAGUUUUAGGAAUUAAUUGGAACCCCCGUGAAGACUACUUUAACUUUUCCGUAUCCAUUUCUGACAUGUGGAAACUCCAUUUAUCGUGGGAUGAACCUGUUAGUGAUGAGAUUGCUAACAAAUGGAAGAUUUUCCGAAAUGAUUUACAUCUUAUUCAACAAUUAAAAAUACCGAGAUUUGUUUUGAUUCCUGACGUGAACUAUAUUGAUAUCUGUGCUUUUUGUGAUGCCUCCGAGAAAGGCUACUGUGCAGCAAUUUAUUUGCGUUCAGUGUCACGUAAUUUGGACAUCAAAGUAACACUCUUAACAUCAAAAACAAAUUCCCCUCUGAAAGUGCAAUCAUUACCUCGAUUACAGUUAUGCGCCGCAGUUUUGUUAGUGAAUUUCCUUAAAUCAGUGUUAGAACAUUUAGAGUUUCCUAUACGUAAAGUUUUGGCCUGGACAGAUUCAACUGUUGUACUGUCCUGGAUUUCUGCAGAACCAUACCGUUGGGUUCCCUUUGUUGCAAACCGCGUUGCUAAAAUACAGAAUACAAUUCCUAAUGUAAGGUGGAACCAUAUCAAUGGAAAGCGGAACCCAGCUGAUUCAGGUACAAGAGGAAUGUUUCCAGCAGAAUUUCUGAAGUGUGAGCGAUGGUUCAUUGGACCUACUUGGUUAUAUUCACAAGAUUACGAACCAUGUCCUGACAGUGAACAUCUUGCUGAUGUAGAUUAUGAAGGAGUUCAGCUCUCUUAUUUAAAAACAUCGAGAGAAUUAAAAGGUGUGAGCAGCCGAGUAAUACAAUUAACUCCCUUCCUUGAUGAAGAAGGCGUCAUUCGAGUAGGUGGUCGCUUAAAAAAUGCAAACAUUCCUGAAAAUAGCAAACAUCCUAUUUUGCUUCCAAAGGAAGGACAUGUCACUAAUCUCAUCGUAACUCAUUACCAUGUCAAUUAUUUGCAUGCUAGUCAAGAGUUAUUAAUAAGCACUUUACGAAUGCAGUUUUGGAUUCUUGCGGUGAGAAGCGUAGUGAGAAAGAUUAUUCACAGAUGUAUUCCUUGUAUUAGAAAUCGAGGCAAGACUGUGACCCAGAUAAUGGGUGAUUUACCCUCGCCCAGAGUUCAACCAUCAAGACCUUUUGCAGUCACCGGUGUUGAUUAUGCUGGUCCAUAUUCUAUUAAGUCCCAAGUUGGGAGAAGAACAAAAACUUUCAAGUGUUACGUAUCCAUUUUUGUGUGUUUCUCAACAAAAGCUGUACACUUGGAGUUAGUCAGUGAUCUAUCAACUUCAACGUUUUUAGCAGCUCCAAAAAGAUUUAUCGCCCGACGAGGCAAACCAUCUAAAAUUUCGAGUGACUGUGCUACUAACUUCAAAGGUGGUAGUAAGGAACUGAAGGAAAUUUAUAAAAAUGCAGCACGCAUUGAGAAAAGCAGUGAAAUUAUGUGA